AUGUGGAUUCGGGAACAUCUUUACUUCAAUGGUUUCAGUAAAAAUUAUUUGAAUUGGAUUUGGCAUGGAGAGGCUGCGGAGAAGGAUAGAUUAAAUUUGAGUGUCAACCAAGAGCCAACUGAUAAUUGUCAUGAUGAUUUUGAAACUGUUAAUUUGUGUAAGGCAGCGUAUGAUAACCAUACAGAAAAUCCAAAAGCAUUUAUGAAGUUUUUGGAGGAAGCAGAGAAGCCACUGUAUAAGGGAUGCAAACGUUACACAAAGUUGAGUGCACUUGUAAAACUAUACAAUACCAAAGCAAGGCAUGGGAUGAGUGAUGCUCUAUUUUCAGAUCUACUAGUAGAUUUUGGGGACAUGCUGCCAGAUAACCACAAUCUGCCAUCGUCAAUUUAUGAAGCAAAGAAGACGUUGAGUUGUUUGGCUUUGAGUCAUGAAAAGAUUCAUGCUUGUUCCAAUGAUUGCAUCCUUUAUAGGAAACAAUAUAAAGACUGCGUAAGCUGCCCGAAAUGUGGCUUAUCAAGAUGGAAGCUAACCAAGAAAAAUGUUGAGAAGAAAGGUGUUCCUGCCAAAGUGGUUUGGUAUUUCCCUCCCAUACCAAGAUUUAAGUGCAUGUUUAAAUCUUUAGAAACUUCCAGAAAUUUAACAUGGCAUGCAGAUAGCACAAGAGUUGUUGGUCAGUUACGCCAUCUAGUUGAUUCACCGUCAUGGAAAUUGGUGGAUCAUAUGUGGCCCGACUUUGGAAAUGAGGCAAGAAAUAUUCGCCUGGCACUUGCAGCCGAUGGAAUUAAUCCUCACAGCAAUCUUAGUAGUCGCUACAGCUGCUGGCCAAUCAUGCUGGCCACAUAUAAUUUGCCUCCAGACAUGUGUAUGAAAAGGAAAUUCAUCAUGCUAACGAUGCUCAUUUCAGGGCCGAAACCGCCUGGAAACGAUAUCGACGUCUACCUUGAGGUUCUGGUUGAUGAUUUGCAGCUGUUGUGGGAAGGAGUUGAUGGAGUUUAUGAUGCUUAUCGAAGGGAGGUUUUCACUCUUAAAGCAGUUCUUUUAUGGACCAUCAACGACUUUCCUGCAUAUGGUAACCUUAGUGGAUGUACUACACAUGGUUAUUGCGCAUGCCCAAUAUGUGGUGAGGAUACUUAUGCAAAGCACUUACAAAAUGGGAAGAAAAUGUCAUUUGCUGGGCAUAGACGAUUCCUACCACGAUUUCAUCCAUAUCGGAGGCAAAUAAAGGAGUUUAAUGGCACGGAGGAACUUGGUUAA